AAACCGGUCGUAUAAUGGAAAGCACGGCCACGCACACUGGCGGUGAUAUUGUUGCCGAUGUUGUGAUUCCUGUACUUAAACAAACAUGAAAUGCGCUCACAGUAUGUGAUUUGAAAACUCUAAUCUCGGUCUGCACUGGUUAUAAGAUAUUUACAACGAUAAUGCGGAGCACAGAUGCUUUUAUUUUGAAAACUAACACCGGAAACGUGAGCGUUUGUUGUGGGUAGUAUUGGCGGAGGGACAGAUCAGCUGGUGUGUGGUUAAGUUUACUGUCGGUUUGCUGAACGUUGGUGCCUCGUUAGCCUCCCGGGAAGGCGAUUCCGCUUUCCUCCAGCUGUCUGACACCACAGCGGCUAAUGUUAGCGAGGACACGGGGCUCUGCGCUCAUUCAGCCCGCGAGUGAGCAUCCAAUUCCCAGCUGACAGCUCCGAGCUACCCUGCUAGCCUAUAGCGGCUAAAUUAGCAAAACACACUGGAAAGCAGGUAAACACUAGUGUCAUCAACCAUGGCAGGUGGAAUCACAGACACUGGGGAACCCUACUCUCCAUUUGUGGGGCUGGUGUAUAUGUUCAAUCUCAUCGUGGGAACCGGAGCUCUGACGAUGCCCAAAGCCUUUGCUACAGCCGGUUGGGUGGUCAGCCUGUCACUCAUCUCGUUUUUAGGGUUCAUGAGCUACAUGACCACCACUUUCGUGAUCGAGGCGAUGGCGGCGGCAAACGCUCAGCUGCGCUGGAAGAGGAGAGAGGAGACUGACGACAGUGACUCCACCAAUGACUACUCGGACGAUGACGUUGUGGUUCGAGGGCGAUCAGAACCCGAGACGAAGCCCAUCUUGUCUGUCCAGAGGUCAGGAGGUCACGUGGAUCACUUCGACAUCGUGGAGCGGGUGGAGAUGGGUCAGAUGGCGUCCAUGUUCUUCAACAAAGUCGGUGUCAACAUGUUCUACAUCUGCAUCAUAAUCUAUCUGUACGGGGACCUGGCCAUCUACGCCGCAGCUGUGCCGAUCUCAUUAAUGGAAGUUGCCUGUGGAAAUCACUCGUGCAGCGCCGGAAGUGUGAAGUACAACGACACGGACACGUGCUGGGGCUCCGUGACAAGGAAAGACGCGUACCGGAUCUUCCUGAGUGUGUUUGCUGUCCUGUUGGGACCCUUCACCUUCUUCAACGCUCAGAAGACCAAAUAUCUUCAGAUCCUCACCUCAUUCAUGCGCUGGAUUGCGUUCACCAUGAUGAUCAUCUUGGCUCUUAUCCGGAUCGGCAAACACAGCGGUGAGGGACAACCACCGGUAGCCUCCUUCUCUGGAGUCCCUAACCUGUUCGGGGUUUGCGUGUACUCCUUCAUGUGCCAGCAUUCCCUCCCCUCCCUGGUGACGCCCAUCUCAAACAAGAAACACGUGGGCAAACUGGUGUUGGCGGACUACGUCCUGAUCCUGUGCUUCUACAUCCUCCUCUCGUUCACCGCCAUCUUCUGCUUUGACAGCUCGCUGCUGCACGACAUGUACACGCUGAACUUCACGGACAACUGCAACGUGCUGGAUAUUCCCGUGCUGCGCUACUUCCUCGGCUUGUUCCCGGUUUUUACCAUCAGCACAAACUUCCCCAUCAUCGCCAUCACACUCUGCAACAACUGGAAGACCCUCUUCCAUCGGGACGGCGGCACCUACCCGUGGGUGGUGGACCGCGUUGUGUUCCCCCUCAUUACUCUGGUGCCCCCAGUCGUGGUGGCCUUCUGCACCCACAACUUGGAGUCCCUGGUGGGCAUUACAGGAGCGUACGCCGGCACAGGGAUCCAGUACAUUAUCCCAGCCUGUCUUGUUUAUUUUGCCAGACGCCACCUGGAGCCUGUGAUGGGCAGAGAUACCAUUAACAAGCACCAGUCCCCCUUCCGCCACGCCUUCUGGGUGUGGUUUGUUGUGCUUUGGGCCAUCUCCUGCCUCAUGUUUGUCUCAGCCAACAUCAUCCUGACCGACACUAAGACAUGAGAACUUCUUAUCUUAAUCUUUUUGGGCCGGUUUCUCUGUACUUGUACUCGAGGCCUUACUUGCUGCUGGUUGGACAGUGUGCCUUUUUAUGGGACUUUUGUUGCAUAGAUUGUAUGUAAUGAAGAGUAAUUUAUCAAAAAUCAAAGGGACCAAAAUGUCAAAUGUUCAUGUUUCAUUCUAAAAAUCUGGAAAGAGAGCACAACAGUAAUGAAAAGGGAAUUUAUUAAAAUCAACUUUUGUCAACAAACACCUGACGGCCUCAGGUUUUCACACGGUUUUUAACGUAGAGUUUUGCGUCCGUCAUUGGUUUUUAAACGCUUUUUUGUUUUAUUUGUUGAAAUCCUCUUUUUGUUUUGUUUUCUGCGACAAAAAGGUAGGAGGAGUCUGGAAAUUCUCUCAAGGGCAGGUUACAAUGCAACCUGUAGAUCCCCAUUCCCUGCAGUCUGGUCUUCUUGUCAAAACUCAGCUGUCAAGAUUCUCGUAUAGCUUUAGCUUUAGCUUCAUCAUAGGGAAUUACAUAGGUAGGCAGGUCGGUAAGUGACAGGUACGCUAGCAAAUUAUUUUAUUUGUUUUUUAACAAAAUACUUAAGGAUAUGCAGGAGGAUUUCAACUAAUUGGAUAAAACACAUUUUAGAAACCAAUUACGGAAUACAGCUAUACAUAAUUUGGUUAAAAAAAAUGAUAUAAAUGUGCUUCAAAUGACCAAUUUCCUUUAGAAUGUGCUCGUACAAAGUGCAGAAAUGUUCAGAUUGUCGAGAGUGUUUCAUCUGGAAAGUUGUAGAAAUCGCCAGACAGCGUUUUGUCGGAUGCCAUUUAUUCGAUACUCUGCUCAGAUGAAGCUGCAGGAAAGUCGGUGUGUAUUUGCUGAGUGAAUCACUGGACCUUCGGCACAGAAUGUUCCAAUAAAAAUAUGUGAGAGCCAUUGAAAGAGCCAAGUGGCGACAAGAAUAAGAGCCUGUCGCGUCCAGACUCGCGUCGGUUGCCGUCGACGCAGCUAAAUAAUGAAAGUGUGGGGGAGAAAGUAAGAGAAGAAAUGGGGAAUGCAUCACUUCAGUCUCGCUUCCAAUUCGUCACCAGACGUUGGCUUGAUAUCUUCAUUCCCUCUGUGAACAGAAGAGAAGACAGACAGGCCUCCAGGAAGAGCUCCAUCUCUGUUUAUCACCAGGAGUUCAUGUGCAGGCCAUGUCUCUCGUCUUUUACUGCCCCUGCCUCCUCUUUCAUGACUCUGGCAGGCUUGACUGCAUCUAUCACACAGCGCCAUCACCUGACAACUUAAUGGUGAUCUACAGCUCCUCACUUCUUGCUGUGGGGAAGCCGUCAGUGACCCAAAGUGAAGGCUGGGACCGACUGUAGCUCCACAGCCUUGCGCUGCACUUUCUGUGCCAAGUUUGGUAACAUUUGGUUCCUUUUUUUUAUAUCUGAGUCUUGUCUCUGUUUAUGAAGUCACUUAUACUGCCCUUAUAUUUCCAUCUCUGUGCCUUUUUUAAAUGUGCCGUCUCUGUGACAUUCCUCCCUCAUUAAAGGAACAGUGUGUAGGA